UUCGAACCAUACCAGAGAGAGAGAGAAAGAAACGAUUUUGAAAUUCAGAAGUCACCCUCAGUCCUUCCGUACUCUUCUGUUUCCUUUCUACUCGGGAACCCAUCUCUUCGCUUUAUCAACUUAUUCAAUUGAUGACCCGGCACCCUUGCCAGUCAUGAGCUCCAGCGACUAAGACCUUGCAUCAUCUUUCAUGCUACUCCACCAUGGCCAGCUUAUCAGUUCCAAUCCACUUUCUGGCACUGCUGGCCGUGUGGCACUUUCAGGGACAAUCACCAUCUCAGGGAUACAACGUUGAGAUCACUCCGGCAGCUCGGUUCUCCAACGUCAGUGAGCAGUUUGGGUACCAGGUUCUGCAGAUUGGGGAAGGCUCUGAAGCAAGAAUUAUUGUGGGCGCUCCUGCUCAACCAAACUCCACUGGCAAGGUGUACCAGUGUUCAAUGGAGAGUGAGAAAUGUACAGAUGUCCCACUUGAAGGGACCUCUGGAAUACAUCACAUGGGCAUGACUUUGGCAAGCAACCUGCAAGGGUCGAAGAUGAUUGCCUGUGGUCCAGGAGUUCAACAACAUUGUGACAAAAAUCUCUAUGUGAGUGGACUCUGCUAUAUGUUGGAUGCUAAACUCCAGAACUUUAGGAACAUAACUACUGGAUACCAAAAGUGCUUAAAAGGGAACGUGGACCUGGUGUUUCUCUUUGAUGGGUCAGAAAGCAUGACAGAUGGGCAGUUCAAUACACUGAAGGAGUUCAUGAUCAAUGUAAUGGAAAAGCUCUACAACAGCACCAUACAUUUUGCUGCUGUGCAGUUUUCCCAACAUACCAAAAUUGAAUUUGAUUUUAACGGUUAUAUCAAUGAGCCAAACCCCCGGAAGCUCUUGGCAGAGGUGCAACAUAUGAAACAUCUUACAAACACUUUCAGUGCCAUCAAAUAUGUAAUGGAUAAUGUUUUCCUUCCUGAGCGUGGCAUGCGAGAGGGAUCCAAUAAAGUCAUUGUCAUAAUCACCGAUGGACUUGCUACAGACAAAGAUAGAGGGAUCAUAGCCGAAGCUACAAAAAAGGGGAUCCUACGCCUCAUUAUUGGGGUUGGGGUGCAUUUUAACUCUGAAGAAUCCAAAGAGAAGAUACGACAGCUUGCCUCAGCACCCUUCGAUCAGACUGUGAAGCUCCUUACCAGAUUUGAGGAUCUCAAAAACAGCUUUGACGACCUCCAGUCUAAGAUCUUUGCCAUUGAAGGUACCAGCGACACUGGCUCGUUCCACAUGGAAAUGUCAUCCAGUGGAUUCAGUGCCGAUAUAAACCAGGGCCGGAUAGUCCUCGGUGCUGUGGGAGCUGACAAUUGGGCUGGAGGGCUACUCGAGCAGCAGGAUGGUUUUGUCCAAGAAAAGUUUGUCACCUUUCCUUUGUACAAGAAAGAAAUGGAAGGGGCAUACUUAGGUUAUGCACUGAAAUACCUGCAGCGGCAACAGAGAGAGCUCUAUGCAGUUGGUGCUCCCCGGUAUCAGCAUGUGGGAAGGGUUAUCAUAUUUGAGAUCAAUGCCACAACUGCCAACUGGACGCUAAAACAGGAGAUCAAAGGGGAGCAGACUGGCUCAUAUUUUGGGGGAGUCCUCUGUGCUGUAGAUAUAGACAUGGAUCAGGAAACAGACCUGCUCCUUGUGGGGGCCCAUCUUUAUUUCACAGAGACAAGAGGAGGUAAUGUGUCUGUCUACGGCUGGGAAGAGGAGCGUCUCGUCCCGAGGGGGGGGCUCCAUGGGGACCCAGGAUAUCCCCUGGGCAGGUUUGGAGCAGCCAUCACAGACCUGGAGGACAUCAAUGGGGAUGGACUGACCGAUGUGGCUGUGGGUGCUCCCUUAGAAGAUGAUGAGAAGGGCGCAGUCUAUAUCUACAAUGGCCACGAAAAGACCUUGCUUAGCCACUAUAGCCAGAGAAUUACAGGAGCUGGCAUGUCUCCUGGCUUGAAAUUCUUUGGGCAGUCCAUCCACGGAAAGACGGACCUCAGCAAAGAUGGCCUCAUAGACAUCACUGUGGGAGCCCUGGGAGAGGCCUUGGUCCUCCGCUCCAGACCGAUUGUUACAGUGGUCACACAUGUGAAGUUCUGGCCCAAGGAAAUUCGAGUGGAAGAUGUGGAAUGUUUGGGGGAUACCAGCUCCUGGCAGAAUAAGGAGCUCAACCUUACCAUCUGCUUCAGCACCAGCUUGGCCACCAGCAGCUACAAAGGUGAGGGUUGUCAGGACACCACUGACAUGCAGAGAUGCUCUGUAAUCCUUCAGGCCAGGGAUCCAACUUCUUUAUCUCAACUUAUCACCAUUACCUUUCAGAAUUGUAUUGAGGAUUACAUCUCAGCUAUCAAGGUCGUGGUCAACUUCUCCCUCAAGGAUGACAACGAAACCAGCAACAGGCAUCCAAAACCUGUUCUGAAUCCCCUAAGCAACACGACAACAAUAGAGAUUCCUUUUGAGAAGAACUGCGGAACAGAUGGCGUGUGUAUAGCUGACAUGCGGAUUUCAUUCAGUGGUUCAGGGCCUCGGGAGCUGGUUGUAUCCCCUCAAGCUUAUCUGGAUAUGAACUUGGAGCUGGAGAACCUCCGAGAGAAUGCAUACUAUCCCGUCCUCCGUGUGCCUCACAUGCCGGGUCUCUCCUUCCGCAAAGUAUCUGUUCUUAAAUCUAAUACCCUGAUCCUUGUAAGCUGUGACGGCAUGCUGCAGAGUCAUGUCCACGAGGGUCUCUCAUGCAAUAUCAGCCAUCCGGUCUACAGGAACAAGACAAAGGCUUUGAUCCAGCUCCGAUUUGGCGUUCUUGACAACAGUGUUUGGGGAGACCAUUUGGAGAUGCAGGCAUGUGUCCAGAGCGACAAUGAGUGGAAUGACACUGCUCUUGACAACACAGCCAAACUUCGCAUCCCUGUCAAGUAUCCUGUCAACAUCAUUGCUGAGAGGAUGGAGACAUCUACUCACUAUGUUAACUUCACCUUUUUGCAUCAAGAAAACAAGACCGUGACACACUCAUAUAAUAUAACCAACUGGCCCAUAGGUACUUCUCCGCCUCCUGCCGUGUCUGUCUUUGUGAAGGUGCCCACUGAAUUUCCUGGCAGGCUGAUAUGGGACGUGAAAAACAUCCAAACUGAUCCCUCAGUGUUUUGCCAACUUAUUCCAACGGAGAAACACAAGCCUUCCAAGUGGAUUGAGGAGGAGCAAUGUGCAGCUAGUGAAUAUCACAUCUACAGCUGUGACCUUGGACAGAUAAAUUCCUCUAUAAUCAAUGUUACUGGGGUAAUGUUUGCUAACGGCAGCAUUGAGCAGUUCCCUCGGUCAAAAUUUUGCACAGCCCUGUGGUUAACGUUUGACACUGAAAGAUACAAAAAUUUCUAUGGUCAUAGAUUUGCCCAAUUUCAGGUCACUGAAGUGGAGGUGAUCACUGAGAUGAAUUAUCUUCCUAUUAUAAUAGGCAGUGGCAUUGGAGGCUUGUUGUUGUUGAUCCUUAUCAUUUUUGGACUUUACAAGUGUGGAUUCUUCAAACGUAAUUAUAAGCAGAAGAUGGACCUCCAAGAAGAAAAUGAGACUGUGUUACCUCUAGAAGGCAUCGUGGCAGGUGACAGAGGGGAAGAAGGCAAUGUAGAAAGCGAUAAAGAGAAAGAAUCCAAUGGGAGCUUAGCAGACCCAUUGAACAGAGAAGCCGAGACUCAAUGACAAAAUUAACUUUCUCCCCUUAGACUUUUGAUCUGUGGUCCGUGGUCCGAAUGUUUGCUCUGCCAGAAAUCUUUCGGGUGCUGGCAGUGAGACCUUUCAUUCUCACCAUUGGGGCAUCCGCCGUGGAAAACGGGGCAGCAGUUGUGUUAACUUUUGGCAUUUCGAUUAGCAGCCUUGGCAAACUAACAGGCCACCAACAUAUGCCAGGGCAGCACAUAGCAAGUUCUCAUUACAUGGCAUCUAGAAACACGGAGCUGAAAGCAGCAUGUUGCAGUGAGUGGCAGAAAGGAGAUGAAGGGAGUAGACUUGUCCGGUGGAGGCCCUUCAUAGCUGUCAUCACUUCCCCAGAUGGGUUGUGGCUCUUGACCCCAAAUUUAGAUUGAGCUUCUCUAAAUCUACUUAAGGUGUCACUUGCCCCACUUCACAUCAGAGACGAAAGAUUAUGCAGGGCCACUUGCGGCUUUUUCUGGAUUUUGAAAUAGGAACUGGACACAUAGUUUUCAUCCUCUUUUAGAAAAAAAAAUUUCAAAGAAUAUCAGAGGACAGCACUCUGCCGGCCACAGAGACUGGCGAAACAUUAAGAACAACCUUCAGAACAUGGCCAAAGAGCCCGAAAAACCCACAACAACCAUUUCAAAGAAACUUUAGUAAAUCAAGAUUCAGCUUAAAAGAGAAAAUAGAUUGUGACACCUCUUUGAUUAUCUGGGUUUUCCACUGGGGUAGUUCAGUGAUUUGGUUAUCUAAAGCAAAGCAAAGCAAACCAUGCUGCUUAUAUACCGUCCCAUAGCGCUUCAAGCACUCUCUGGGCGGUUUACA